UGUUACGUUAACUUAAGAAAACAAAAAAAAAAACCCAGCUCAAGGUAUGUUCAAGUAUAAAUUAAAUUAAUACACUUACACAGAUCUGUGCGAUACAGCCUAGUUGUAUAUUCUUAUUUCUCCUGAAGCCCGUAGAAACAGCAAAUCAUGAAAAGUAUUUAUCUGCUGCUUGCUGUCCUACUAUUAAAACGAGGCUCUGCACAGACCACAGAAGCUCCACCCUUGCCAGACGUGGAAGAUGUCCUGGCUGCUGACUCUCGCUUCACAACUUUCUACCAGCUACUGAAGACCACAGACCUGCUGGAAGAGAUCAAUGAAACCAAUCAUUUUACAAUCUUCGCCCCGACGGACGCCGCAUUCGCCAAACUUCCGGCCGGCAGCUUGGAUGCUCUCAAAGCGGAUGUGGAUAAACUGAAAGAAACGAUUGGUUAUCACGUGGUACUCAACAGUUCCUACCACGUGCACGGAAGCCAGCAGGACAGCAUCCUGAAGUCUUCAACCCAACUGCCAAUUAGAAUCAACACUUACAGCCUUGUACAUACUGUGACCGCUGAAGGGGUCAACAUAACUAUCAGAAACAUAUCAGUGAACCAUGGUUACAUCCAGGGCAUCGACGGGGUCAUGAAACCACCUACAGGAAACGUAGUUGACCUGGGCACCACUAGAUCGGACAUCUCAACUUUUGAGAGUCUCCUGGUGAAGGCCAAUCAGACAGCCUACUUCACCUCGGACCACUCGACCACUCUCUUUAUACCCACGGAUGAUGCUUUUAAGAAACUCAGUGCUGAGACCCUUGACUAUUUAAACAACCACAUCUCUGAUCUCACGGAUGUCCUGAGAUUUCAUUACGUGAAGCAAUACUCCCUGUACAGUCUUGGAAUGAAGCACGCAUUCACCAUCCAGUCUGCUGACCACAGUCAUGACUACUUGAUGUUACUAGAAGAUGACAAUGGCGGUAUGAGGGUCAACCAGGCGAAGAUCAUUGAGAAAGACAUUAGCUCCAUCAACGGGGUUAUCCACAUCAUUGACGAUGUCCUCAUUCCACCAAGAGUUCUUGUGGCUAUCCGCGACCAGUCCAUCGUCGUAGGUUUUAGUAUUGAGAACCACAGUAAAAAGAAAAAAAAGUCUACAUGUACUAAGUUCUUUAUCUUAAAUGCGGCGUUUAAAAAGCAGGUCAAUAAAACUAUCGCUCUUAGUUCAAAUUCUACAACAGAAGGUCGAACGAUGAAGGUCAUUGGGUUUUUCUUAGCAUUCCUGAUUAGUGGAAUCAGUUGCCAGGGGCAAACACUGACCACUCUUACUACACAUGUGACGGCAACAACGGCUCCACGAUUUCCAGAUGUAAUCGCUGGUUUGUCAUCAACUGGACAAUUCACUGUCUUCAUCGACCUACUGACCAAGUCUGGCGUGCUGCCCCAAAUCAACUCUUCUCUUCAUUUUACUGUCUUCGCGCCCACCGACAAUGCCUUCACCAAGCUGUCCCCGGAUGCUUUUGAAGCUAUCAAGAACGACCCAGCCAAAAUAACCGAGCUGGUCAACUCCCAUGUGGUCUUAAACACAAACCUCCGUAUCCACGGAACAAUGGAGGAUGUCCUGUUGAAAACUAUCAACAAUCAUCAAGUUAGAAUCAACACUUACAAUGUGCUUCACACUGUCACUGCCAAUGGCGUCAACAUUACAGUCAAGAACAUCCCUAUCGUUCACGGCCUCGCCCACGGUAUUGACAGCGUCCUUGUCGCUGCCCCUGGAAACAUCAUGCAAAUUGCACUAAACAGAACUGACCUAAGCACCUUCACCGGGCUGGUCAUCUCCUCCAACCUACUGAACUUUUUCACAGCCGACAAGGACAUCACAUUGUUCGCACCAAACAAUAACGCCUUCAGCAAACUGAGUGGAAACGUCAUGUCCUACCUCCAGAGCCAUCCCGCAGACCUGGCUGAGACUCUCAGGUUCCAUGUGGUAAGAACGAUAACUCUGUUCAGUCUCGGCAUGAUACACGGAGUUACAAUCCCUUCAGCUGACAAUCACCAUGACAACUUGAUGCUCCUCCAGGCAGCGGACGGCUCGUUAAACGUGAACACUGCCAAGAUUCUCGUGAAAGAUCUUAUUGCCACAGACGGAGUCAUUCACGUCAUUGACACCGUUCUGAUUCCAACUCACGUUUUGGUCCGCAUCCAAGAUCAGGGCAUCAUCGUGGGAUAACUCCUACCUACUAUUGCACAUUCUACAACGCCUAGAAGUCUAUAAUUAUUGCCCUUUUGAAUGCUGAUGUUGCAUCCACACUUACGGUAUAUUUGGUCCAUGUCUUUGUUGUUACGAUUGUAGAGAGAAGACUCUAUUAAAACUUUCAUAUUUAA